UUUAAAUGCAUGUAGAGAUUGAGGUUCAUUGUUUUGCUUUUCAACUGUGGAGAUUAAUAGCUUGCUUUUGUUUUCAGCAAGGUUCAUUGAAAACUUUCCUAAAUUUGGGUUUUUGCAGAGGCUUAGAUCUGGGCUGCUUUUCAGUCUUAACUCAUCCUUGAAGAAGUUUAUUGGUAUAAUAGAAGUAAGAAGCAGCAUCAGCAAUAGCAUGGAAGGAAUACAAGGUAGUAGUGAUGCAAGAGAAGUGAUCAAGGAUAGUUAUGUCUUGGGUUCAAGCAAAAUUUUAUCUUCAUCAGGCCCCAUGGAUUAUUAUUGCUUAGCUGAAGAAUUUAUAGAGCCAUCUCCAAGUGAGUGUGCAGCAUAUGAGAGAUAUCUGAAUAUUCCAGAGCUCACUGCAAACUGGAAUUCCAAGGAAUGGCCUGGUUGGCCUACAGAACAGCUGCUAAAACCAGCCUUGCAGACAUUGGAGAUGACUUUCAGGUUGAUUUCAUCAGUCCUAUGUGACACAAGGCCUUAUAUUGACAAAGAAGAGUGGAAAAGCAGGCUUGAAUCCUUAACUGGUUCUCAGGUUGAGUUGAUAUCAAUGAUAUGUGAAGGUGAUAAGGAUGCACCCAUUGUGCAAUUGUCUGUAAGUGAUGGUGUUCUUGCUAACAAAGUUGCCCAAGAGGUAUGGCAGAGACCUGGGUCUUUACCAGUGGUUAGCAGAAUAAGUGAAGAGAGCUUACUACCUCGCUUGGGUACAUGGAAAAGGGCUGAACAUAUGGUUUCUAGAAUAUGGCUUGUAAUUGAAUCUCAUAUGCAGAGAGCUCCUUUCACUUUAGGCCUUGGGGAACCAAACUUGACAUGUAAGCCUAUUCUUGAAUAUGAUAAGAUCUGCAAGCCAAGCUAUCUGUAUUCCUUCAAACAAUCUUCACCUUUCCACAAUGCAGAGGAUCAUAUACUUUAUACUGUCCAUCAGAUCUUUGAGGCCUGGUUGUUUGUAGCCCAUCUGUUUUUGAAGAGAAUACAUCAAAGGAUAGAGCAUGAAGAUUCAGUAGGAGCAUCCAAAGACUGCUGGACAAUUGAAAGGAUUUGGAAAUUGCUUACAGACAUUCAGAAUCUGUUUCUGUUGGUUGAUCCAAAUGACUUUCUUUGCCUCAAACACCAAUUGUCCUUCAACAGGGUUACUAGCACUGGUACCUCUCAUGGUGGAUACUGCCUUAAAUCUACUGCUCUGAGAAGCCUUACAAAUGCCUGUAAGGAACUGAGAUGUCUUGUGCCAAAAGUUAUGGGUGUUGAGGCUGAUCCAAAGGGUGGACCUAGGCUUCAAGAAGCUGUUUUGCAGUUAUUUCAUUACCAUAGAUUGCAAAGAAGAGAAAUCUCUGAUGCCACUUCAGUUGAUCAUCAUCAUGGGACACUGCAUCUUCUUCUGGCCUUCCAGGCAACUGAAGCUGCAGUGAAAAGGUUUUUCUUCUCAUAUCAGCAAUUGGUGGUUGUAGUCAUGGGCAGUGUUGAAAUGAUUGGGACAUCAUAUCUAGGUGCAUCUGAUCCUCUUACUCAGAUAUAUUCUGAGCCUCCUUAUUUCCCAAGUGUGGAUGGCGCCAAGACAUUCCUAAGUGAUUACUGGCACCACAAUCCUAUAACCAUGAGGGUAGGGUGGAAGAAAUCCACUGGCAAAAUGAAUGAAUCUACAAGACAACCUACACCUCAAUCUGCAAUUCUUUGAACAAGUGCUAUGGAAUUAUGAAUAGGAAUUGUAUUACAUAUACAUGAGAUUAUAUACACAGAAGAUACAAAGUAACAUGUAGGUAUUCUUUUGGAUGUGAGUUAUUUUUUCCAUCAAAUUCAGAUCAAUUUCUGUUUUUUGCCCCACCAGCAGGGCCUUAUUCAUAUUUAUAUAGUCUUUUAUGUCACAGAUCUCUGCAACUUGGUGGUUUAUCCAAGUCUUUAAUCCUUGUAAUGGGUAGUCUGUUUUUUCUACCCAAUUUAAUGGAGUUAUAUGAAAUCUAUGCAAUUCAAUAGUA